GGCGGGGCGGGGGCGCGGGGAGCCGAGGCCCGGCGCCCGCCCGCCUCCCCCAUUCAUUCAGCGGAGCCCGGGGGCCGAGGGGCGCGGGCGGCCAGCUCUGCUCGGCGGGAGCGCGGGCGCAGGGCCCGGGCCGCCGGGGCGCUUCCUCGCCGCCGCCCUCCGCGCCAGCCACCAUGUCCGACCCCGCGGUCAACGCGCAGCUGGACGGGAUCAUCUCGGACUUCGAAGCCUUGAAAAGAUCUUUUGAGGUUGAGGAGGCCGAGACGCCCAACUCCACCCCGUCCCGGAGGCUCCCAACCCCCCUGCUCCGGGCCACCGUGGCCAGCUCCACGCAGAAAUUCCAGGAUCUGGGCGCCAAGAACGCCGAGCCCGCAGCCCGCCAUGUAGACUCCCUCAGCCAGCGAUCCCCCAAAGCCGCCCUGCGGAGGGUCGAGCUCUCGGGGCCCAAGGCCGAGCCCGUGUCCCGGCGCACGGAGAUCUCCAUCGACAUCUCGUCCAAGCAGGUGGAGAACGCCAGCGCCACGGGGCCGUCCCGCUUCGGGCUCAAGCGAGCCGAGGCGCUGGGCCACAAGACGCCGGAGCCCGCCCCGCGGAGGACGGAGAUCACCAUAGUGAAGCCCCAGGAGUCAGCCCACCGGAGGAUGGAGACCCCUGCCUCCAAGGUCCCCGAGGUGCCCGCCGCCCCCGCCUCGGACGCAGCCCCCAAGAGGGUCGAGAUCCAGGUGCCCAAGCCGGCCGAGGCGCCCACCUCCCCCAUCCCCCCCCAGACCCUGGAGAAUUCAGAACACACCCCGGUGUCUCAGCUGCAGAGCAGGCUGGAGCCCAAGCCCCAGCCCCCGGCGGCCGAGGCCCCACCCAGGAGCCAGGAGGCCCCUGAGGCAGCUCCCGGCUGCAUUGGCGACAUGGCGGAUACCCCCAGAGACUCCGGGCUGAAGCAGGCGCCCGCGCCCCGGAACGAGAAGGCCCCCGCGGACUUCGGCUAUGUGGGGAUCGACUCCAUCCUGGAGCAGAUGCGCAGGAAGGCCAUGAAGCAGGGCUUCGAGUUCAACAUCAUGGUGGUCGGGCAGAGUGGCUUGGGAAAGUCCACCUUAAUCAACACCCUCUUCAAAUCCAAAAUCAGCCGGAAGUCCGUGCAGCCCACCUCGGAGGAGCGCAUCCCCAAGACCAUUGAGAUCAAGUCCAUCACACACGAUAUUGAGGAGAAGGGCGUCCGCAUGAAGCUGACGGUCAUCGACACGCCAGGGUUCGGGGACCACAUCAACAAUGAGAACUGCUGGCAACCUAUCAUGAAGUUCAUCAACGACCAGUAUGAGAAAUACCUGCAAGAGGAGGUCAACAUUAACCGGAAGAAGCGAAUCCCAGACACACGCGUGCACUGCUGCCUGUACUUCAUCCCUGCCACCGGCCACUCCCUCAGGCCCUUGGACAUCGAGUUCAUGAAGCGCCUCAGCAAAGUAGUGAACAUUGUCCCCGUCAUCGCCAAGGCCGACACACUGACCCUGGAGGAGAGGAUCUACUUCAAACAGCGGAUCACCGCGGACCUGCUGUCCAAUGGCAUCGACGUGUACCCCCAGAAGGAGUUCGAUGAAGACUCAGAAGACCGGCUGGUGAACGAGAAGUUCCGGGAGAUGAUCCCGUUCGCGGUGGUGGGCAGUGACCACGAGUACCAGGUGAACGGGAAGAGGAUCCUCGGAAGGAAAACCAAGUGGGGCACCAUUGAAGUUGAGAACACCACCCACUGUGAGUUUGCCUACCUGCGGGACCUCCUCAUCAGGACGCACAUGCAGAAUAUCAAGGAUAUCACCAGCACCAUCCACUUCGAAGCAUACCGGGUGAGGCGUCUGCACGAGGGCAGCAGCGCCAUGUCCAACGGCGUCGAGGAGAAGGGGCCGGAAGCCCAGGAGAUGUAGACCCACCCUGCCCCCCACCCCCCAUCCUUUCCGUCACCACCCCCAGCCCCGCCCACAUGCCCCACUUUAUUUUAUAUCAUUUUCUCCAUUUGUCAUCGGUCUCCGCCCCUUUACACUCUGCCAAGUAACAAGGUAACGCGUACCCUCCCGAGCGGGUUCCUCGUUAGCUGCUGACUGUGGGGCCCGGAGCGGGGGGGGCUGCCCCGCAGCCAAGAGGAGCAGGCGAGGACCCGCCGAUUCACCCCAACCCCCCACCCCAGGCCCAGGUCCUGGUCCGUGCGUGGUGGCGGAGUGCGGCCGCCGGCCUGGUGACCUGGAAACCCUUCCUGCCCCCUCCUCCCUCCGCGGCCCAGGCCAUAAGUCAGACAGCCCCUCGCCCUCGCCCUCACCCUCACCCUCACCCCGCCCAAGGGCAGAAUAGUCAAUUCUGUGAGGCCCGAGUUGCCAGUUGCUUAGACACCGGGAGGCCCGUUGGCGGCCGCCCACCCCCCUGCCCGCCCGUCCCGGAGCAGAAAGUGCCUUUAUCUCAGCCGUCCACGAGCCAGCGCUGCGCCCCCCCCCCCAAACCGUCCCUCCACUGCAACCCAGGGCAGGUCGGGGAGAGACAGACGAGUCUUCAUCUCUCCAUUGUCCCCUCCCCAGCCCCCCAGGAUCUGAUCAUUCAAAGGAAGGAACAGGAUGCACCCCCCCCGCCCCCAGCGCACCCUCACAAUGUCUGAGAAGGCCCGAGCAAGUGAAUCUGGUGGAGAUGCUGAGGGAGGCCGAGGCUGGGCCCAUGCAGAGAGGCCCGAGUGGUCCCCGGGCCUUGCCCUGCACCGCCCCGUCUGGCUGGAGAGAGAGAGAGAGAGAGAGAGAGAGAGUGUGUGUGUGUGUGUGUGUGUGUGUGUGUCUUUCUGUUUUGACACCUCUUUGGCCCAAGAGGCUCUGGUUAAAUUCCGUGCGGGUGGUCACCCCAAUACACAUCCAGCCCUCCUGCCCCGGGCCUUGCUGACACCAUGACCCCCAGAGGUGGGGGCCAGGCUUUUGUUGCCCUAAGUGUCCCUGGGCUCCUGGGAGCCCAUCGUAAAGAUCCUCCCCCCCCCCCCCCCCCCCCCCCCCCCCGAGGACAGGAGUCAGAGGUGCACAGCCCAUCAUCAGGCUGCAGAACAGGUUUUCACAAGGGUGGCCCGGCUGGUGUCUGCUGUCCCUGCCCCCUCACCCUGUCCCCACGGGGCCACCAGCAGGCGCCGCGCACAGCAGAUCCCAGCAUGGGGUCCGGCUCAGGUCGAGGAGAUGAGACACAGGUGAGGUACACGUCUGUCCGCAUGCCCCAGGCUGGCUUCUUGCAGCCGAUGAGAAAAGUCGCAGGAGGAAGGGGAAUGCGGACAUUGCUGUGCAGAGGUGUGUGUGUGUGUGUGUGUGUGUGUGUGUGUGUGUGUGCACGCGCGCGCCCGCGCACCAUGUCCCAUAUUCACCCCCCACCGUAGAUAGGAAGGACCCCUUAGUGAAACCGUUUACUUGCCGACUUGCCAUGUUUUUGCCAAAAACCCAGAUCCACGAUUUCGAAGGAAACCUCCACCUUCAGCGUCGGGGCCCCGGGGCGUGGGGCGGCCUCUGCGCGGGGCACGGCCUUGGGGUGGCUUUCUGCUUUCCUUCUCUGUAGCCAGAUUUUGAAAAAUGGUGUUUCACUGGGCUCCGUCCCACAGUGGCCUUUCGCUCUGUGCCUCCUGAGAAAUUCGUCUUUUUGUAUAAAUAACAAAGUGUUGAAAAUGUAUUUCCUGAAAUAAAUGUUCCAAAUGCAAACCUG